AUGCAACUGGUAGCAGCGAGCAUGCGCAGUAGCGCUCAGUGGCGGGCCUAAGCGGCUCCCGCCUACCCUCUGCGCAUGCGCUGUGGCGUCCGAGCGCCCACGCCGCCUCGGAGGGUCCUGGGCAACAUGGCGGAGCCGGAGGUUUCCUUACAGACCGCCAGGACCCCUCAGGCUACCGCAUCCUCCGCCGCCACCGCCGUCUCCUCAGCCCCAGCUCCGCCGGCAACGGGAGGAGGAGGCGGCGGAACGGGAGGCAGCAGCAGCAGCACUAGCAGCAGUGACCCGGUUCGCCCGGGAUUGAGCCAGCAGCAGCGCGCGAGUCAGCGCAAGGCGCAUGCGCGGAGCUUCCCGCGGGCGAAAAAGCUGGAGAAGCUGGGGGUAUUUUCAGCGUGCAAGGUACGGGGGCCUGGAAGGGACAAAAGCUAAUGCUCUUGCAAAUGCAAUGGCUGGAAGAACCCACCCUCCCACAGCCCUCGUAUGGAUCUGCCGCAAACAGUCACCAACCUCAGUGCAUGCCGUAGCUGUGGGCAUGCUCUAGGUAACUGACCUGUAUCUCACCUGGAGAACGUCUCUGAGGAUGAGAUCAAUCGGCUUCUUGGAAUGGUGGUGAUGUGGAGACUAUUCAUGUCUGACAAGGAAGAGGACACAGACACCAAACAAGUUUAUUUCUAUCUGUUCAAGCUCCUAAGGAAAUGCAUUCUACAAAUGAGCCGCCCAGUUGUUGAAGGAUCACUUGGAAGCCCCCCAUUUGAAAAACCAAAUAUUGAACAGGGGUUGUUUAACUUUGUGCAGUACAAAUUCAGCCAUCUGCCUCCCAAGGAACGGCAGCCAUGUUCGAGCUCUCCAAAAUGUUUCUUCUGUGCUAAACUAUUGAAGCUUGAAACACCAUCCCAGUUUCGCCAGCGCUCACAAAAUGAUGACGUGGCAACUUAUAAAGCCCGAUUCCUCAGGUGGCUAUGCUACUGCCAUGUUCCCCAGAGUUGUGACAGCCUCCCUCGGUAUGAAACCACCCAGGUCUUUGGCCGAAAUCUCCUCAAAUCCACUUUCACAGUCACUCGUCGGCAGCUGCUGGAGAAAUUCCGAGUGGAGAAAGACAAGUUGGUGCCAGAGAAACGGACUCUCAUCCUUACCCAUUUCCCCAAAUUUCUGUCAAUGCUGGAGGAAGAAAUCUAUGGGGAGAGCUCUCCAAUAUGGGAAGCUGACUUUACUAUGCCUGCGACAGAAGGCACCCCCCUUGUCCCUCGUCCAGCUAUCAGCACUGUACCUGCAGCCAGCACUCCACUUUUCAGCAAAUCCCUGAGCUGUAGCUCAUCCUUGGCAUCCAUAAACCUUGAUGGCAGCUCAUUGGAUUCUGUGCCAGGUGAGAAGAGAAAACUUCCAGAGAGCUUGAGUCUUGAGGAUGCCAAGCGGAUUCGUGUGUUAGGUGACAUUCCAAUGGAACUUGUCAAUGAAGUGAUGUUGACGAUCACAGAUCCAGCAGCCAUGUUGGGGCCAGAGACCAGCCUGCUGUCAGCAAAUGCAGCCCGAGAUGAGACAGCCCGACUUGAGGAACGUCGUGGCAUAAUUGAAUUCCACGUCAUUGGCAACUCACUCUCUCAGAAAUCAAACAAGAAGAUUCUCAUGUGGCUGGUUGGCUUGCAGAAUGUUUUUUCACACCAACUGCCUCGAAUGCCCAAGGAGUACAUCACCCGCCUGGUUUUUGACCCUAAGCACAAGACUUUGGCACUGAUCAAGGAUGGCCGAGUGAUCGGCGGCAUCUGCUUUCGGAUGUUUCCGACCCAGGGAUUUACGGAGAUUGUUUUCUGUGCUGUGACAUCAAAUGAGCAAGUCAAGGGCUAUGGGACACACCUAAUGAAUCACCUAAAAGAAUACCACAUCAAGCACAGCAUUCUCUAUUUCCUCACCUAUGCGGAUGAGUAUGCCAUUGGCUACUUUAAGAAGCAGGGUUUCUCCAAAGACAUCAAGGUCCCCAAGACCCGAUACCUUGGCUACAUUAAGGACUAUGAGGGAGCCACCUUGAUGGAGUGUGAACUGAAUCCCCGGAUUCCCUACACAGAGCUCUCUCACAUCAUCAAGAAGCAAAAGGAGAUCAUCAAGAAGCUGAUAGAGAGGAAGCAGGCCCAAAUCCGUAAAGUCUACCCUGGCCUAACAUGCUUCAAAGAAGGUGUUCGACAUAUCCCCAUCGAGAGCAUUCCAGGCAUCCGGGAAACAGGAUGGAAGCCCCUGGGAAAGGAGAAAGGGAAGGAGCUCAAAGAUCCAGACCAGUUGUAUACUACCUUGAAAAAUCUCCUUGCACAAAUCAAGACUCAUCCCAGCGCCUGGCCAUUCAUGGAGCCAGUGAAGAAAUCUGAGGCUCCAGACUACUAUGAGAUCAUCCGUUUUCCUAUAGACCUCAAAACAAUGACAGAGCGGCUCAAGAACCGCUAUUACGUCACCAAGAAACUGUUCAUUGCUGACCUGCAGCGCAUCAUAACCAACUGCCGUGAAUACAAUCCGCCCGAAAGUGAUUACUGCAAGUGUGCCAAUACCCUGGAGAAGUUCUUCUACUUCAAGCUCAAGGAAGGUGGACUCAUUGACAAGUAGAAUGUAGUAGCCAAAAUGACUUGAGUGGGAUCUUUUUCACUUCCAUCUCUUCCAGCUGGAUAUCCUCCUUGCUGCCUUUUGCCGCAUCUCACGCACAAAACAGGUGCACUUGGCUGGCUAUCGGAGGCCUCCUCUUAGGUGAUGGAGGCAGGGGCAAGAAGAUGUGGAGAAUUUUGUCUGUGCUUCACACUUAUCUUCCCUUAACAGACUGGGAUCUGCAAUCAGCUCUCUUGGUUUCUGAGCCUUAUCACUCCGUCCAUUGUGUCUUCCUUUCCAGUUGAAAGUAACAAAGAAUCAGAUCCUAUGAGGAACCUACAAGAUCUUGAGGGAUUCGCUGAUAAGGGACUGUACAAUAGCUUCUCUGCUCCCCCUUGCCCCUGGUAUCUUCCAUUUUUGUGUGUGGGUCUUCUGUGUAGGUCCAUGCUCCCUAGGCUCUGGAGAGUUUUGCUUACUUGCACUCCAUCAUUGCUUAAGGGUUCAGCCAUUUCUUGACAUGUGAAUGUAGAAAAGGGGAGCAGUAGGAAAUGUGCAGGAAGGUGGCAACAUAAUACAGAUUUAAUCAACAGGGAGUUUUAAUUCAUUCUCUUUCCCAUCAAGAGCCUUUGAGGAGACUUUCUCUACAGCCUUGCCAUUCUCUUUUUUUUUGGCCGGGUUGUGACUGUCUACUAGCCCAUUAUGUGACUUCUGUUUCUAUUGCUUCAGAGAAAAGGAAUUGUUGCCUAAACUGUAUCUGACUACAAAAGCCAACAAAGGAAAAGAAAAAGUUCCGUUCCCUUUAUUUUGCCCAACUUAUGGGGCCUUUCCAGUUUCCAGUCAUUGGUUUUUGCUGUCACAAAAUCCACCCAAAGUGCACUGCCAGAUUGGAACUUCACUUUUUUCCUGAAGCAGAGCUGUGGAAUCUUUGACUCUCCAGGCACUUGAGACUCCAGCUCUCACAGUCCAUUAGCACUAGCCAUGCUAGCUGGGGCUGGCAUGGGUUACAAGUCAAAACAUCCAGAAGUGGUAGUAAACUGAAAAUUUCCCAUCCCAUUUCAGAUCAGUGGACAAGAUUUCUUCCUCCAUCUCCUCCUUCCCUGCACAUUCCUGCAUUGCUGUCCUUUUCCUUCCUUCCCUACCCCUUCCUUUUUGAACAGUUCUUGGUUACUUUUUUACCAGUACUUAUUUGAAAUUUUACUCUUUCUUUUGACAAGUGUAGCCUGGUCUGAUGGUCUCUGUCCCUGCACUUUGCUCCACGUCUGCCAAAACUAGUCAGGACUCUUUUACAACUGGUGUUGCCUCUGACUAUGGAAGUGGCAUUGGUAAUGGUCUCUCUUUGACUAGCUCUUUCCAUUCCUGACAUGCACUUUGUUGCACAUAGUGUCUAUUUUAUUGGUUGUGUCAAGUUGUUUCAUGCCUUGUACAUGUGUGGAAGGUAGUUUAGGGAAUUUUUUUUUACCUGUAUGGGGCAGUCACUUUCACUGCUUACCAGGUAAUUUAAAAUUCCUUAAUGAACCUUACUGAAUUAUAAGUUGCUAUGUUGUUAUACACAAGCACCACAGUCACUUUUCCUGAAAUUCCUGUCUUGUUGAGGACGGUUAAUAUAUGUGCCACCACAUGGUGAAACAAGAGCCAAAACCACCAGUUAGUUGUUUUUAUGCUGAAAAAGCAACAGAGCCAUUCAGUAACUGUGGAGAGGAGAAUUGGGGAAAGGUGGCUGGUGAGUCAAGAGGGUAAGGGGCAUCUAUUCAGUUGCCAGUCAUUUUGCUUACUGCAUGGAAGUGGGGUCUGCGCUGGUGGAAUUUGCUGGAGUUUAACUUGCUGCUCUAGAAUUGAUAAUCGGUUCAAAUGUGCGUCUGUCUAAUUGACAUUAUGUUAGGAAUUCAACAUAAAAACAUAACAUAUUGAUUCCCACCCAUCUGUCAGCAUCCCAUCAAUGCUGAAUGUUUUGCCUUGGUUGCAAAAUCUAAGGAAAUUGCUAUGACAACUGGUUCAAAUAUUUCCUUUUUGUACGCAUAGACACUUUCCUUCCCCUUGCUCUUAUUACAGGAGGUUUAUUUGCCCUCUGUGCCCCAUGGAACCUUCCAAUAGGGGAAUGGAGAGAAGGAGGGAAACAUUUGAAUGAGGAUCCACCUGCCUUCUCUAAAGUGAUUGUUGCCUUCAGUCCACCACAUUUGUAUGCUUCACUUGUACAGUUACAGAGCCUGAAUCUGCCAUUCUGGGCCUUACAGUAAUGUUGCCAUUCCAUUUUUUUAAAAUACAUAAAAGGGAAAAAAAUAAAUAAAAGAGUAUGUCUGAAACAGAAAAA